CAAAAAAGGAUUAUACUCGUCGCCUUCGCUUCCAAACCCUCCGGGAGAAGAACCAUAGCGUUGUUUGACUUGAGUCUCGGCGACAAUGGCAUUAUCGCAGUGGAAGGAAGCAAUUCUCGAAGGAAUCUUCACGGAGAUUGAAAAAGGACUCGUGGAGGAGAAGAAUCUCGAGCGGUUAGAGAAUCUAGUUGAGAUUCUCCACAAAGAAGGCUCUAAAGUCCCCGAAUCAGUGAAGCAAUCGUACUAUCAAGUCGCCGUGGAGUGUACAACGAGGUCUCUCACUAACGAGAAAGACGCUAAAGCAGCUUAUACCGAAGCAAUCAGAUCGAUUUGGCUCCGUAGGGUUAUGCCUUUAUGCGAUAAGGCUAAUUGUUUGGUUACUCGUGAACUUUUGGAUAGCUGUAAAAGAUUGUGGAAGGCUCAUGGUGAUGUUAAGGCUUGUGAGGCUUUGAGGGGUGAGAAUACGAGAGAGAAAGCUUUGGCUUCUUUGAGGAAGGUUGUUACGGAGCUGCAUCCCAAUAUUGGUUGUGGUAAUGGUGAGAGAGAUGAGGAGAUGGAGGAAUCUGAAGAGUCUAGUGAAGAAUCAGGAGAGACUGAGCCAAUGGUUGAAGAGAUGGACGUGGACAAAGGGAGGCUCUCAGAUACUGAGCAGGAAAGACCUUCUGUUGCGUUAGUAGCUGUAUCCCCACCCCGUAAAAUGAAGACCAUUUCCUCUGCAGUUGUUGCCAAGGCGCUUGAAACGCUUAGAGCUUCUAAAAUCGACCUGAUGAAUGCCUUGGCAGAAGGAAGAGGACCUUCAAAUUUAAACGUUACUUGGACUACACAACAAGAAAAUGAUGUUGCUAAUCCUGCUGCAACAAACAAGCUUAGCUUGAUGGAGCGAAGACCCACAGCACAGACUUAUGAGUGGAAAGACUCAAUCGAUGAUACAGAUGGAGACACGAACGACGAUGAUGAAGUAAAUAAUAAAGCAAGUGGUAAAAGGAUCGUCAUGUCUCCUUGGAAAAGAAACCACGUUGGUGGUAGACGGACGAAACUUCCUUGGAGUACUGCAGAAACGCUGGCCGUUAUGAGAGGCUAUGAAAAGUAUGGUGCAAACUGGAAGCGGAUCAAAGAUGAGUGUCCAAUUCUAGUGCGCAGAACUAAUGGUGAUAUUAAAGAUAAAUUUCGAGUUGAGAUGAAGCGUCAAGAGCGCCAUCCUUGAGUAGGAACCUGAGAAGACAUCAGACCUUAUUUGAGUAGACGAUUAACAAAAUGUUGAACAAAAAAUUGUGUUGUGGCAUCUAUGGAAUGUAAAAAAAUGGGUAACACUUUGUCGCCUUUUGUCUCUAAAACCCGUAAAGUUUUGUGCAUGUGAUGAUGAUAAAAUCUAGUGAAUCUGCUUGACUUGGCUUGACUAAAC